CAGAUCCCAAGAGCCAUGGCUCCGUCAUGCCAUUGCCAAAACCACCAGGGCACGAUGCUCGAAGCCCGACCGCCCCUCAACGACCCAUGCAAGUCUCAUUUCCGACCCACUCUCCAAAUAAGCCUAGAAAGAAGAAACCUAGACGCUGUUGUUGCUCCUGUUGUUUAUGGAUUUGUGUUCUACUCUUGGUUCUCAUCUUGUUCCUCUGCUUGGUAGGGUUUGCGGUCUUCGUGUAUUUUCGACCGACCCCUCCAAAAUUCAAGGUUGAAACCCUAAAAUUCAAACAGUUUAGUGUCGAAUCUAGAUCCCAACAACUAUAUCUAACCUCAAAUGUACAAUUGUUUGUUGAGGCGCUCAAUAAGAAUGAUAGGUUUGGUUUCUCAUAUGACCACUUAUCUGCAUUGGUUUUCGCAAACGACGUGAGUCUGGGAGGCGCUUCCUUUCCCAGAUUUUUGCAACCCCGGAAGAAUACAACUGUGAUGAAUUUCCCUGCAUCUGUGAUGGGGUCCUUGGUUGACAAUGCUGAAGGAAAGGAGAUGGAGAGCAAAUAUAAGGCCAAGCAACUGGAUUUGAAUGUGGAGUUGAGGGGUAAUUUGAGGAUUAUUUUUAGGAGGUGGAGCUCAGGAAAGCUGGAAUUUCAGUUGUGGUGCGAGGGGGUGAACCAACACAAGAUAUCCAUGGGGAUGGAGCCUCAAUGCAAGGUCAAAUUAUUUGGCUGGCCCUUCUUUAUCAGUGCAUAACACAUUGAAGACCACAUAUCUUUCAAGAUUGCGAGGCCUAUGAAUAGUCAUGGAGGCAAAUAUUGUAUAUUAUUCACAUCUUUUAUUCACCUUUAGUACUGUUAAUUUUAUUUUAAGUUCUAUUGUUUAGAGCAAAUGUAUUCACUUGCAUCAAGUUUUGUCUGUGUUGAUAUAUUGUUUUUCUUC